GCAUGAGAAACAACCUCUUUUUUUUUGUUUCUCAUCAACAACUCAUUUUGUGGAUAAAAUCCCCCUACUGUGACUUAAAACAUAAUUCAAAGAAGCCAUUUUUUCCCCCUCUUUUUACUCUCAACUCUAACUAUAUUGUAAGGUGCUAGCUACUCUGCCAGGAUCAACACCGUGCGCUAAUGCUAUUCAAAUGAAAGAGGAGCUGAGGCUUUGCCCGCUGUGCUGGGGGAGUAUGCAGUUUCACGUUUGGACAGUGCUCCUUUCUCAGACCAUGAAACACUGUCUUCAGUCCAGACUCAGGGACCCUCGGAAGCAAGCUGGCGUGGAAGAAGCCCGGAGGACUUCCUUAAUAGAUGUGCUGUUCCUUUUUUUGGCCGUGCUUUUGGUUCUUACCUUGGUGUAUUGAUGGCUGGCCUCUCCCUUUGACGGGUCAGGUGAAACCCGGGGACUUUCUAAAAGUUUUUUUUUUUUCCUGCUAUUUUUUAAGUAGUGUCAGUAAGUGCAUGAAAAACUGGUUUUGCUCCUUUGCAGUACAUGUAUUAAGAGAGAGACUGAAUGUAAGUUGAGAGCGGUUCAAGGUUUUUCUUUCACUCCUUUUGAAUACUCUGUGUCCAAGUACGCCACUCCCCUCCUCCUCCUGUUUCUCCUCCCCCUCUCCCUCCUCUCUCUCCUCUCUCUCUCUCUCUCCUCUCCCUGACAGAGGGUUGAGGGAGGGGCCUUGUGAUUACGCCAGAAGCAGGCGGCACUAGCUCUGCGUGUCAGCUACUCACUCACGCACUCACACACACAUACACACUACACACGCUCACACUCACUCACUCAGACUUGCAUGCAAGUGCGCUGAUGCUGACAGAGAUACACACACACAGAGAGAGAGAGAGAGAGAGAGAGAGAGAGAGAGGGAGGGAAGGACAGGAGACUUUGCACUGGACUACAGGACCGUAGAGCCCUGUUGCAGACACGCUGGAUAAAGCUACCGCUCAGCCGUGCACUCAUACUUCAAGGGAUUUCAUUUCAGCUCGUGUCCUCUCUUUGAUUCUCCAGGGGGGACUCAAAAAGGAGGGGCUUUUAAUUCCCCCCCCCCCCCCUCAAGUGAAGAUUACUUUGACAGCAAAAAAAGACGCUGGUGAACAGAUAAGCUCGUGAGCGGACCCGAGGCCAGUUUGUGUGUGUACUGGUGUUUGAAGCCGCCGCUGCAGGGAGCAGGUGUCAUGGGAGGCUGCCUCUGACAGGAGAGGCCAUCGCUCUGGGCAUCGCCGCCAUCACUCAGCGCUACAGAGGAAGCACUCCAAGGGACUUUGUUUUUCUCAAACACCACAGAGCUCUCCUGUUCUGGGACUGUUCACUGCCCCAUACCAGAAGAAGGAGAGAAGGAGAAAGGAAUAAAAUAAACCUGACGGAGAGAGAAAGAGAGAAAGAGUGUGGAAGAAAAGAAAGAAAGGUCUUCAUGAAUCCCAAAAAGUCCUGAAAGUAGAACAGUAUACACCGUACACUCUCACUCCCCCCCUCCGUCCCCCAGCGGCAGUCCUGAGGCGCCAUGCGGACACUCCGAGCCAUGGGCCCGCUACUCGUCUCAGCCUCCUUUCUGCUCCUGGCAGCCUGGGCCCCAGCCUGGGCCUCGGAGGACGACGUCACCCCGCGCCUCAGCUUCGCUUACGAUGCAAAAGAGAGGUCAGCCAAGAGAUUUUCUGCCGAUGGCGUCCACAAUUACACCUCUCUCCUCCUCAGUAAGGAAGAUAACAUGCUUUACGUCGGAGCACGAGAGGCUCUCUACGCCCUCAACCUCAGCGAUAUCACUGUGCCUGCGCUGCAACGCAACUUAACAUGGAGCACCCCAGACAGAAAAAGGGACGAAUGCAGUUUCAAAGGAAAAGACCUGAAGACCGAUUGCUUCAAUUACAUCAAGAUUCUGCUGCGAGUGAACGUGACACAUCUCUACGUGUGUGGGACCUAUGCCUUCAGUCCUACUUGCGCAUACAUUAGCACAGAAAACUUCAUGCUGGUGAGGAGCAGGACAGGAGAGAUUAUGACAGAAGAUGGACGUAGUCGCUGCCCCUUUAACCCGGAGUACAAAUCCACCGCCAUCAUGGCAGAUGGUGAACUGUAUGCCGGCACAGUCAGUAACUUCCAAGGCAACGAGCCUGUCAUUUACAAGAGCCUUGGCCACGGCUCUGCACUGAAAACCGAAAACUCAUUGAACUGGCUUCAAGACCCAGCCUUUGUGGGAUCUGCCUACAUCCAGGAGAGCCUGCCCCUAGGCAACCCAGUGGGCGAUGACGACAAGAUCUACUUCUUCUUCAGCGAAGCGGGGAAGGAGUUUGAUUUCUUUGACAACACCAUUGUGUCGCGCAUCGCUCGCGUGUGUAAGGGAGAUAAGGGAGGAGAGAGAGUCCUGCAGAAGAAGUGGACCACUUUCCUAAAGGCCCAGCUGCUCUGCUCACUACCAGACGACGGUUUCCCCUUCAACAUCAUUCAGGACAUGUUCGUGCUGACCCCCGGCAAGGAGGACUGGAAGAGCACCAUGUUCUAUGGCGUCUUCACCUCACAGUGGUACAAGGGUGCGUCCGGAAGCUCAGCUGUGUGUGCCUUCACUAUGGAGCAGGUUGAGAGAGCGUUUAAUGGCCGCUACCGUGAGGUGAACCGCGAGACGCAGCAGUGGUACACCUACAACCAUCAGGUCCCUGAGCCUCGCCCCGGAGCGUGCAUCACCAACACGGCGCGCGGCAUGGGCAUCUCCUCCUCUCUGCACAUGCCUGACAAGGUGCUGAACUUCGUCAAGGACCACUUCCUGAUGGACAGCGUGAUCCGCAGCCCGCCCCUCCUGCUCAAGCGCAACGUGCGCUACACGCAGAUCGCCGUGCACAGAGUGCAGUCCAUCCACAAGGCCUACGACGUGCUCUUCAUCGGCACAGAUGACGGCAGGCUCCACAAGGCCAUCAACAUUCAGGGCAAGAUGCACAUCAUUGAGGAGAUGGUCCUGUUCCAUGAACCUCAGCCUAUACAGCACAUUGAGCUUGACACAGAUAAGGGUCUGCUGUAUGUGUCUUCCUUCUCCGGGUUAGUGGAGGUUCCCGUGGCCAACUGCUCUAACUACCCGAGCUGUGGGGAAUGCGUCCUCUCCAGAGAUCCCUACUGUGCCUGGACAGGGAGGCAGUGUCUGGAUGUCAGACAGGCGCCCCCUGGGAGCAAAUGGCAUCAGGAUGUGCAUAAUGCAGACACCACUGGCUUCUGUAAUAAGACGACACCCAGCCCUCGAUUUUCAAAGCCCUCAUCCACUCGUUCAUCGGCGUGCCAGCUGAUUGUCAUGCCCGCCAACACCUUCAAGGUGCUGCCCUGCAAGCUGCGCUCCAACCUGGCGGAGCGCCACUGGGAGUACGGCGAGAGCGCCAGCCAGUUCCUCUACCCCAGCCAGGACGGAGGCCUGGUGGUGGUGGCCCACGCCGACCGCCAGGAGACCUACGAGUGCUGGUCGGUGGAGGAGGGUUUCCGACAGCUCCUGGCCAACUACUGCGUGAGGGCGGAGGCGCGGCAGGAGAGCACCACGCUGUUCGGCCGCUCGCGCACGCCGCUGGCGCCCCAGGACGAGCCCAUCGCGCUGCCGGGGGAGGCACGCUCGCCGCAGUUGGAGACCAAGACGUACUGGAAUGAGCUGAUCGUGGUGUGUGGCCUGCUGGCCUUCUCGCUGGUGGUGUUCUCGCUGUUCGUCAUCUACCGCAACCGCGGGCGCAUGAAGUCCAUGCUGAAGGAGGGCGAGUGCCCCAACAUCCAGCAGAAGAAGCCUCGUGUCGUGGGCAAGCCGGCCGAAAGCCUGCCGCUGAACGGCAACACUGCCGUGCCGCCGUCCGUCUCCGACCAUAAGGGCUACCAGACACUCAACGACAACUACUUCUGCAACACGCCCACGCACGAGACGUGCUCCUCACCCGAGAACAGCAAGAGCUUCUCUGAGUCGGAGAAGAGGCCGUUGAACCUAAAAGAGAGUCACGUGGAGAUCUCGCCCACGUGUCCGAGGCCUCGCGUCCGACUGGGCUCUGAGAUUAAAGACUCGAUCGUGUGAUGUGGGUGGCGUCCAGGCUAAGGAGAAAUUGACGGUGACAAAGCAGUGGUGACAGAUGGGAAAUGGUGUUCUUUUAUUUUCUUAAAAGAUCACUGCAGACAUGGGAACACCCAAAGGGAAAUGUCCUGAACUUGGACACCUGGACACCUCAUCUGUGUUUCGUCUUUGCUUUUUUUUUUUUUUAUAUACAAUAAUACGGUCCCAUGAAAAAGGUCUUCAUUUAGGUCUUGUGGUCCUGUGCACAUUUCCCUACGUCUGUCACGAUCUUGCCCACCAGUGGUCCCUACAGCGAGGCUAAAGAGGUCGGAAAAAAAGUGUAGGGUCAGAGGUCAUAUCACAUCCAUGGUAAGCCAAGGAGACCAGAGAGCGAGUACGUUACAACCAAUUUGGUGAUGUACUCCCUUGAGCUGACACGGAGGGAUCCAAAGAAGCCUCCUCGAAAGUCCGUCCUAAUUAUCUGCUCACUAGCAUCCCCUCAAAGGCUGAGCAGUGGCCUCCAGCGGCUCACUAUAGGGGGUCAUACCAUCAUUCCACCUGGGGUUGCCCUCAUCUCUGUUACACCAGCACAACCGUUGGCAUGGUCCCCUUACGAUGAAACCAGAGGACUCCCUUGGAGGUAGACAGAGGGCAGAACCUACGAAUGUACUCCACGAAGGACUUGUACCCCCUUGAAAUGACUGGUACUCUAGAGUGGAUGACCCCUAGAGGCACAUGGAGCUAUUGAAAAGACAGGGGUUUGAACAGAGUUUAGGGGACAGAAAAUCUCAUUGGGAUAUGAGUAUUGUCAAAGAGAAUGCCGAGGUAUUAGACGAUAUGUUGCCUUUACUGAAAUUUGAAGCAGAGUAACUAUGAGUUGCAGAGGUCUAUGAUCCUUUAUACAUACAGUAAUAAUGUGACAUCACUAAGUGGCAGUAUACUAUGCAAAGCACAUAACAAAAUGUGAAAUGGAAAGUCAUCAGGCUACUUAGCUCACGCAUCUGUCUGAGUGUUGGCCUACUCCUCAGAGCUAUCAGCACCGCUCUCUGUUUCAGACACAUGCAGUCAUGUAUGGAAGCGAUAAUGAGCCCAGUGUGCACCCAGUGCUCCAAGCAUUCAUUACCCAGGAUUCAGAGCAGCAGAAGGCACAGAGCGAUACAUAGAGACCAGGGUUGGGGAGUAACUAGUUACAUGUAAUGGAGUUACAUCAUUAAAUAACAAAGUAAAUGUACUUGUAAUCCAUUACAUUUACAGUUACUGGAAAAAAUAUGUAAUUAAUUACAGUUACUAAUCAAAAUGCGAUUGGCGAUUACAAAGGGGUUACAUCUGAAUAUACUGGUAUAUUGGUAAAAAGCUUCUAUGUCCAUAACAUUCAUACUGUUGCCUUAUAUUUUUUCACCAUCUAGACAGGCUCCGUUUGGCAGUAUGUACUCCUAUUUUGAGCAUUGUUUUUGAUUGGUUCUCUCGUUUGGAUUUGCACCGCCUCUCGUCUGCCAAUCAAAAAGUUAUCAAAAAGAAUCAAAUGUAAUAAGUUACAUUACUUUGAUAAAGUAAUUAAAACAGUAGCAUUACUUAUUACAUUUUUAACAGGGUAACUAGUAAUCUGUAACCUAUUACAUUUUGAAAGGGACCUUCCCAACCCUGAUAGGGACCACCGGGGCUCAGUGAAACAGCUGAAUGUGUAUUCGGCCAGUAGGAGGUUAAUCGCUCAACAGGGCAGUGAAAAAUACACCCAGCAGAGAUGACCAACAUUCUCCUGUGUUUGUUUACAUUACCAAAAAUGAUCGCAUGUUGUAUGUGCCAAAAUCAAACAAAACGACAAAAAGCCAAUAACAACAAAAGAUGAUAUUCUCUUACAUGUCUGUAACAUGGCACAAUCAAUUUACCACUCUAGGGACCGUAACAAUUUAUAGAAAACAAAUCUUUUUCAAUCUCUAUCAGAACAACCUUAGUAUAAGAAAAAAAAGAGAAUUCAAGCUUGCCUAAGAAAGUGUUUAUGAGCACAAGAGCUUACCAGCAUCCCUGAAAUGGAGAGAGAAGAGGCAUCCAUUAAUUAGACUGUCUAACUGUAUGUAGGCUGUAUGAGAAAUAGAUCAUUUUUGAUAUGGCAUGUAGAAUACGUUUGGACCAGUGAAUGAAUGAUCAUGGAAGCAGAUUUAGAGAUGGGCAGAACCACAAUUAAAUACAAUCUACCUAAAUACUGUAUGAAUACACAGAGAAAAGCUAAGCGUGUUGCCCAGCAACGCCUCUCUGUAUUAUGUGUACUAUGUGUUCUGUAAAUAGAAUUUUAAGACUCCAUAGCUUGACAGAGGGACUGUUUCUCAGUUUCAUACUCAUUACCAUAACGAUUCAUGACAAUGUGACCUAAAAAAUAUAUCCAUUUCAUUUAUUUCCAAAGAUAAAACUAUUCUCAACGAUAUGAUGCACCAUUGAGUUGACAUUCUGUGAAAUUGUUGCCAGAGUUUUUUUUUUGUCAUGCAAACAUUUUUUAUGGUGGAAUGUAGUAAUACACUCAUUGAAAGUAUUCCAAAAUCUCUUUAAGUAAAACAUGUUGUGUCUUAUUUAAAUAUAGUCUAAAAAAUGUGUAUAAGAGAUUUCUCAUUUCAUUUCUUCAGACAAAGUAGCUGUGCGAAAGGCAUACUGCUAACAGGGGAAAGAUGUGUAUAUAUGUACAUUCUUACUGUGUAUGUGGGGGGCUGUUGUAAAUGGAAGGUUUCUAUAGUGUAGGGGCAAGCGAAGAGCACAAUGCUGCUUUUACCCACAAUGCAUUGUUUUUGCACAGAAUGUUGGGGAGCCUUGUUGAAAGUGUUUUUUUUUUUUUUUUUUUACAGUUCUGUAGCAGCUUCUUUACAUGUUUUCGUUUUAAAGAUGCCUUCAAGUAACAUUUUAUGACUCCAAGGUUGUCUCUCUUGAGACAUCAAAUAUAUGCUUCUAGCCUUGUGACAGAACACGAUCAGGUUAACCAAACAGCAGCCUCCUCAGCUUCAUGCUAUUAGGUGGUAGAUAUAAAAAAAAACAUCAUUCAGGCUUGCUCAAAGAUUAUGAAAUUAAAACAUAUUUGAGUGGAUGCCUUUCCAUUGUGGCCAGUAACUGCACAAUAGAUCCAGUUAAUAGCUAAAUGUUUUUUUCUUUGAUUUUAUUAUUUUAAAAGCAGUUUAUUGUCGUAAACCACUGUAAAUUGGAAGGUUGUCUGUACAACAGUCCACCACUGGUUAUGUAUCUACUGUGCAUAAAAACCUUCAAGGUCUAUCUAGAGUUAUAUACCCCAUGUACUGCGUACGACAAACACACAUACCAGUAUGCUCACUAAUCACACACACACACACACACACACACACUGGUGCAUGCAUCCAUAGAAGCACACACUCACACACAUUAUUGAAGCACAAAGAACCUUUGACUUUAAAACAUAAUUUUAUGUCUUCUUUUUUUACAUUCGUCUUUCAUUUGUUAUUUAAAAGAUGCGUAGGUACAUAAAACAACCUGUGGUGAUUGUAAACCAAUUGGCUUUGACCCGUUCAUCCACUGACACGCAAUGCAGUACAAAACUAGUUCUAAUAUUCAGAUGAUUCAGAGCAGAUUCUAUUGUUUAUCCACACACGCAUUGUAUUUCAGUGAGAGACAUACAUUUUGAUGGGACUGUGGUGAGAUCUCUGAUCUCAGUGAGCCAAACAGGGAGGCUAUCAGCACUCCUCCCCAGUGUGGAAGCACUCCAGCGAGGAGUCACAGCAACAGUACGCCAAGUCUGUCGGACUCAUUGUUGACGUGUAAACUUUUGUGUAAAGGUGUAUUUGUAAAUUGAGCUGCCAUUGUACAAAAAGCUGUUGUGAAAUGUAUUUUUUUGUAUUAUACAUCACUACUGUUUCUGUUGUUUUAUUAUACUGUACAUAAAAAAGCACUUUAUUUUAAUUUUCUAAAAUAAAACAGAUAAAAUAUGUUUGAAA